AUGAAUUUGAUUACGUGUUAAGAUAUUGCGCACAAAGGAGAAGCUAUAUAGGGAUUCUGUUUAAAUUUGUAAUGCUAGGAUUCAAGACCUUAGUUCUGUCUAUAAUGUGGAUUUGAUCCUAAGAAGCAUUCUAAUUGCAAGAACGAUCUAAAAGGAUUUGGGUAGAUUUAAACUUUUAUCACAAAAUUCAAUUAGAAUAUACUAGAUUUAGCAACUUAAUUGAAUAAAUCCUUUGCAUAAGUCAAAGUAAAAUAUGAAGAAUUCUCAAAAUAAUUAGAGAAUAUGAAAAUACAUUUAGUUAAGAUAUCUGAUUGUUUAAGUCAAUAAGAUUAUUAAUAAAUGAAAGGCUAUUUGUAAGUGAUCAAGGAAUGGUAUUAAUAUUUAAACAAUUAAGAGGACAUUAUGAAGUAGAAUUAAAUUGGUAUUCUAUAUAAGUAAUAUUUAUAGGAACUUAGUUAAUUAGAAUAAAAAGAAUGAUUAAAGCAUUGGAUCUAGAAUAAGGAUAAUAAUAAAUUUAAGAUAUUAAACAAGAUAAUGAAGGUGCACUCUAGUAAGGUAUUUGAGUUUUUUUAUAAUUACAUUAGGAAUACAAUUACUUAAUUAAUAGAAAUGGCAGGAGGCUAAAGAAAAAAUCAAUUAAUACAUAAAAUUAUCAGAGAAACGAUAAUCAUUGGCAACAUUCUUCAAAAGUAAUUCAAUAAAUUUUAUAUAAUUAGGUAUAUGUUUAAUUGAGAUGAAUUAACCAGGAUAAGGAAUAAUGAUGAGAGAAUAGGCCAAAAAGAUUAAUAAUAACUUAAAUAGAGAUCUAUUUGAUUAUGCAGAUCAAGAAUUAAUUAAAACACCAUAAAAUUCUUUUAUGUUAUUAGCAAAAAGUUAAUACAUUAUGUAUUUAUAUAGGCUAUGUUUUAAACGAUGAGAAGAAAUUUCAAGAAGCAAUUGAGUUAUGCGAAAAGGUGUUGAGAGAAGAUCCCUAACAUCUACACUCUUUGUAUAAAAAAUGUAAUUGUUGAUAUUACAAAAAUAGUCUAUUCUUUAUAUGAUUUGACUCAAUAUUCAAAAGCAAUUUCAUGUAUCGAUGUAGCUCUAAAAUAUAAUCCAUAGUACAGUAUUGGUUACUGUUCAAAAGGUAUUUAUUAAGUUAUGAUUUUAGGAGUUGUCUUAUAGAGUCUUAAUAAAUACAAUGAUGCAAUAGUUUGCUAUGAUAAAGCAAUCCAAAUAGAUCCAAAUCAUGCAUUGGCCUAUAUGAAUAAAGGUUUGUAAUUUCUUGAUUGUAUUAGGUAAUACCUUAUAGAGUCUUAAUAAAUACAAUGAUGCAAUAGUUUGCUAUGAUAAAGCAAUCCAAAUAGAUCCAAAUCAUGCAUUGGCCUAUAAUAAUAAAGGUUUUUAAUUUCUUGAUUGUAUUAGGUAAUACCUUAUAGAGUCUUAAUAAAUACAAUGAUGCAAUAGUUUGCUAUGAUAAAGCAAUCCAAAUAGAUCCAAAUCAUGCAUUGGCCUAUUAUAAUAAAGGUUUUUAAUUUCUUGAUUGUAUUAGGUAAUACCUUAUAGAGUCUUAAUAAAUACAAUGAUGCAAUAGUUUGCUAUGAUAAAGCAAUCCAAAUAGAUCCAAAUCAUGCAUUGGCCUAUUAUAAUAAAGGUUUUUAAUUUCUUGAUUGUAUUAGGUAAUACCUUAUAGAGUCUUAAUAAAUACAAUGAUGCAAUAGUUUGCUAUGAUAAAGCAAUCCAAAUAGAUCCAAAUCAUGCAUUGGCCUAUUAUAAUAAAGGUUUUUAAUUUCUUGAUUGUAUUAGGUAAUACCUUAUAGAGUCUUAAUAAAUACAAUGAUGCAAUAGUUUGCUAUGAUAAAGCAAUCCAAAUAGAUCCAAAUCAUGCAUUGGCCUAUUAUAAUAAAGGUUUUUAAUUUCUUGAUUGUAUUAGGUAAUGUCUUAUAGAGUCUUAAUAAAUACAAUGAUGCAAUAGUUUGCUAUGAUAAAGCAAUCCAAAUAGAUCCAAAUCAUGCAUUGGCCUAUAUGAAUAAAGGUUUGUAAUUGCUUGAUUAAAUUAGGUACUACCUUAUAGAGUCUUAAUAAAUACAAUGAUGCAAUAAUUUGCUAUGAUAAAGCGAUCCAAAUAGAUCCAAAUGAUGCAUUGGCCUAUUAUAAUAAAGGUUUUUAAUUUCUUGAUUGUAUUAGGUAAUACCUUAGAUAAUCUUAAUAAAUACAAUGAUGCAAUAGUUUGCUAUGAUAAAGCAAUCCAAAUAGAUCCAAAUCAUGCAUUGGCCUAUUAUUAUAAAGGUUUUUAAUUUCUUGAUUGUAUUAGGUAAUACCUUAUAUAGUCUUAAUAAAUACAAUGAUGCAAUAGUUUGCUAUGAUAAAGCGAUCCAAAUAGAUCCAAAUCAUGCAUCGGCCUACAUGAAUAAAGGUUUGUAAUUGCUUGAUUAAAUUAGGUACUACCUUAUAGAGUCUUAAUAAAUACAAUGAUGCAAUAGUUUGCUAUGAUAAAGCAAUCCAAAUAGAUCCAAAUUAUGCAUUGGCCUAUUAUAAUAAAGGUUUUUAAUUUCUUGAUUGUAUUAGGAGUUGUCUUAUAGAGUCUUAAUAAAUACAAUGAUGCAAUAGUUUGCUAUGAUAAAGCAAUCCAAAUAGAUCCAAAUCAUGCAUUGGCCUAUAUGAAUAAAGGUUUUUAAUUUCUUGAUUGUAUUAGGUAAUACCUUAUAGAGUCUUAAUAAAUACAAUGAUGCAAUAGUUUGCUAUGAUAAAGCAAUCCAAAUAGAUCCAAAUGAUGCAUUGGCCUAUUAUAAUAAAGGUUUUUAAUUUCUUGAUUGUAUUAGGUAAUACCUUAUAGAGUCUUAAUAAAUACAAUGAUGCAAUAGUUUGCUAUGAUAAAGCAAUCCAAAUAGAUCCAAAUCAUGCAUCGGCCUACAUGAAUAAAGGUUUGUAAUUGCUUGAUUAAAUUAGGUGAUCUAUUAAAAAAUAUGAAGAAAUACUCAUCAGCUAUAGAGACUUAUGAGCAGGCAAUAAAGUAUUGCAAGUCUAACGAGAAUGAAUUUAAGCGUUUAAUUAUGGAAUUAAAAAAUACAAAAUGA